UCCCUCUCUCUCACACACACACAGCCUGACCCUCUCACUCACUCAUACACCUCUCACAGACACAGUCGUGCUUCUCUACCCAGGAGUAUCAGCCUAACCCGGACCCCACGAGGUAGGACCCCAACGCGGCUACAACAUGUCGGAUAAUAGCUCUAAGAUCGACACGGACGUGUGGACCCUAACUCGGUUUGUGAUGGAGACGGGGCGCCAGGUCAAGGGGUCAACAGGAGAGCUGACCCAGCUGAUUAACAGUCUGCUGACAUCCAUCAAAGCCAUCUCCUGCGCCGUGCGUAAGGCCGGACUCGCACACCUCCAGGGCAUUGCAGGGACAGUGAACACGACGGGUGAUGACCAGAAGAAGCUGGACAUCCUCUCUAAUGACCUGGUCAUUAAUAUGCUGAGGUCUUCCUACGGAACCUGCUGCAUGGUGUCAGAGGAGAACGAACAUGCCAUCAUCACACCCAAGGAAAAGAGGGGUAAAUACGUGGUGUGUUUUGAUCCUCUGGAUGGCUCCUCUAACAUCGACUGCUUGGCAUCCAUCGGCACCAUCUUCGCAAUCUACAAAAGGAUUGACGAGACAUCAACUAACGACGCCACAGAGAAGGAUGCGCUGCAGCCUGGCAGCAAGAUUGUUGCCGCGGGAUAUGCACUCUAUGGUAGUGCCACCUUGGUUGCCCUCUCCACCGGACAGGGCCUCAACUUCUUUAUGCUGGACCCUGCGAUUGGAGAGUUUAUCCUGACAGAGAAAAAUGUGAAGAUCAAGCCCAAAGGAAAGAUCUACAGUCUGAACGAGGGAUACGCCAAAUACAUGCACCCAUCCAUCAACGCGUACCUGAAGCACAAGAAAUACCCAGAGGACGGGAGCGCCCCCUAUGGAGCAAGGUAUGUGGGCUCUAUGGUGGCAGACGUCCAUCGCACCAUCGCAUAUGGAGGAAUCUUCAUGUACCCCGCCAAUGAAAAGAGCCCUAAGGGAAAGCUGCGUUUGCUGUACGAGUGCAACCCCAUCGCCUUCCUGAUCGAGCAGUGUGGAGGCGUGGCGACUACGGGAGAAGGGCGUGUCCUAGACGUGGUUCCAACCAACAUCCACCAGAGAGUUCCGUUUAUUGUGGGUUCACCUGAUGACGUCAACGAGUACCUCAACUUUGUCAAGAAGCACAAGUAGAACGACAACAAAACUUGAAUAAAAGUUAAAUACCAACAAAAAAAACAUGAGUAACUACAUGUCUGUCCAUCAGCAAGAAGAGCAAAUGGCACCCUCUUCCUUAUAUACUGCACUGCUUUUGACCAGGGCCGAUAUUUCAGGAUUCAGAUAUUCCACUCUUACUGUUCAUGUAACCCUAUCCUCAACUCUACUAGAACCAGAACUCUGACAGCUGUUUGUCUCAUGCAGUGUCCUUUCUCCUUAUAUAGGCUCACUUUAUACUCUAGAGAGCAGCCUGCCAGUAGUGAGACACAGUAUCAAUAAUAUCACCCUAAAGCCAAACUAACCUGAAGUAUUGAGAGACAUCCGUGAGACCGGGCUGACUUGUAUGUGUUUUGUGACGUGUGCUAAAGAUUAGCUUGCGCCGCCAACGGUCCACCCUGGCAAUCAGAGUUUUGAUCAGAAAGAGAAGGAAAGGAGGGAAGAAGGAAAUAGAGACAAAGCUAAGUCUGCAUAAAGCAGAGACAGGGUCCAGAGAAAGUAGCAGUUACUUUCAUAGGAACUACAGAAUAACACUGAUCUAGGUCUGAUGAACAAUGAGCUCCUCUCCAACUAGGAACUACACAAUAACACUGAUCUAGGUCUGAUGAACAACGAGCUCCUCUCCUGUCCAACUAGGAACUACACAAUAACACUGAUCUAGGUCUGAUGAACAAUGAGCUCCUCUCCAACUAGGAACUACACAAUAACACUGAUCUAGGUCUGAUGAACAAUGAGCUCCUCUCCAACUAGGAACUACACAAUAACACUGAUCUAGGUCUGAUGAACAAUGAGCUCCUGUCCAACUAGGAACUACACAAUAACACUGAUCUAGGUCUGAUGAACAACGAGCUCCUGUCCAACUAGGAACUACACAAUAACACUGAUCUAGGUCUGAUGAACAAUGAGCUCCUGUCCAACUAGGAACUACACAAUAACACUGAUCUAGGUCUCAUGAACAACGAGCUCCUGUCCAACUAGGAACUACACAAUAACACUGAUCUAGGUCUGAUGAACAUGAUGAAAGGUAACCUUUCAGAGUGUGCCAUGACUUCUGACCUCUACCAUAACAGACAUUCUGCUGGCUCGGAGCUCAGUGGUAAGGGAAAACACAAACACAUCAUAUGACCACAACAGGGUCACGAAGGCACGAGGGCAUGCCAGAGAUAUCCCAAUUACAUCUUCAACACUCCACAGUGUGAGGGGGUCUGGACUGUCACGUUCUGACCUUUAUUUCCUUUGUUUUGUGUUUAUUUUAGUAUGGUCAGGGCGUGAGUUGGGUGGGCAGUCUAUGUUUGUUUUUCUAUGUUUUGGGGUAUUUCUAUGUUUCGGCUUUGUAUGGUUCUCAAUCAGAGGCAGGUGUCAUUAGUUGUCUCUGAUUGAGAAUCAUACUUAGGUAGCCUGGGUUUCACUGUGUGUUUGUGGGUGAUUGUUCCGGUCUCUGUGUUUUGCACCAGAUAGGGCUGUUUUUGGUUUUCCACGUUUAUUGUUUUGUAGUGUUCGUGUUUAUCUUUUUUUAUUAAACAUGAAUCAAUAUAACCACGCUG